GAGGGUGCAAAAGGGGUGGAGGGGUGGAGGGGGGCUGGAGAAAGACACUGGACUCGCUGCCUCCUCAUAAGGAUACACUGGCAGUCAUGUAAUUUUUACGCAGAACUGAGUGACCAGACGAGAAAACGAUGAAGUUGGCGACGCUUCUGGCUGUGAGCUUUCUCCUUGCAGUGGUGAAGAUGCGGGGAAGUCUGUCUCAGUCAGUAUGUGCGGGGACAGAGAACAAGCUCAGUACCCUCUCGGACUUGGAGCAGCAGUAUCGGGCUCUGCGGAAGAAUUACGAAAACUGUGAAGUUGUCAUGGGGAACCUGGAGAUUACCAACAUUGAUCGGAACAGAGACCUCUCCUUCCUGCGGUCCAUCCGAGAAGUCACUGGCUAUAUCUUGGUAGCCCUGAACCAGUUUGAAUACUUGCCAUUGGAGAAUCUCAGAAUCAUCCGUGGGACAAAGAUGUAUGAAGAACGAUAUGCGCUGACGGUCCUGCUUAACUACAAAAAAGAUGGCAACUUUGGACUGAGACAGUUAGGCCUGCAAAACCUGACAGAAAUCCUGAACGGGGGCAUCUAUAUUGACCAGAACAAGUUCCUGUGUUAUGCAAAUACUGUUCACUGGCAGGAUAUUGUUCGUAGCACUGCAAAUGCAGACACCAUAAUCGUUCCAACCAACACCACCGUGGCAUGUGGUAGAUGCCACAAGUCUUGCAAAGGUCGAUGUUGGGGUCCAUCAGUGAACCAGUGUCAAAGCCUAACGAAGACCGUGUGUGCAGAGCAGUGUGAUGGACGGUGCUUUGGCCCAUACGUCAGUGACUGCUGCCACAGGGAAUGUGCAGGUGGCUGCUCUGGACCAAAGGACACUGACUGCUUUGCCUGCACCAACUUCAACGACAGUGGAGCCUGCGUCACACAGUGUCCUUUACCAUUUAUUUACAACACCAUGAGUUUCCAGCUGGAAUCUAACCCACAGGCCAAGUAUACGUAUGGAGCCUUCUGUGUCAAGAAAUGUCCACAUAACUUUGUGGUGGACUACAGCUCCUGCGUGCGUGCAUGUCCAAGCAAUAAGAUGGAAGUAGAAGAAAAUGGAAUUAAAGUGUGCAAACCAUGCACAGAUAUUUGUCCGAAAGUUUGUGAUGGUAUUGGUACUGGGAGCUUACAAAUGGCAAAAACAGUUGACUCGAGCAACAUUGACAAGUUUGUGAACUGCACCAAAAUCAAUGGAAACCUUAUUUUUCUGAUUACUGGCAUUGAGGGUGACCCUUAUCAUAAUAUCGCGGCUUUGGAUCCCGAGAAAUUGAAUGUCUUUCGGACGGUCCGAGAGAUAACAGGAUUUUUGAACAUCCAGUCGUGGCCGAGAAAUAUGUCCGAUUUCAAUGUGUUUUCCAACCUGGUGAUAAUCGGUGGCAGGAGCUUGUACAGUGGGAUUUCCCUGCUGAUUUUGAAACAACAGUGGGUAACAUCACUCCACUUCCAGUCCCUAAUGGAAAUCAGCGCAGGCAACGUAUAUGUGUCGGACAACCCAAGCCUGUGCUAUUAUCACACUGUGAACUGGACUGUGCUGUUCAGAACCAACUCACAGAAACCAGUCAUAAAGAAUAAUAGAAAUUCACAGAACUGCACUUCUGAUAAGAUGGUGUGUGAUGCCCUCUGUUCAGACAACGGCUGCUGGGGACCAGGACCAGACCAAUGCUUGUCUUGCAGGUUCUUCAGUAGAGGGAGCAACUGCACUGAAUCCUGUAACUUAUAUGAGGGGGAAUUCCGAGAAUUUGCAAACGGCACCGUCUGCAUGGAAUGUGACGGACAAUGCGAGAAAAUGGAUGAAGAUAUAGUGACGUGCCAUGGAUUGGGCCCCGACCACUGCACUAAGUGUUCCCAUUACAUGGACGGCCCCAACUGUGUGGAGAAAUGCCCAGACGGUCUUCAGGGAGCCAGCAGUUUCAUUUUCAAGUUUGCUGAUUCUACAAACGAGUGCCACCCUUGCCAUUCGAACUGUACCCAGGGGUGCACAGGCCCACGUACUCAGGACUGCACCGGGAUGAUGGAUAGGACUCCACUGAUUGCCGCUGGGGUGAUUGGCGGUCUCUUCAUCAUGGUCAUUAUGGCUCUGGUGUUUGCCGUGUACGUCAGGAGAAAGAGCAUCAGGAAGAAGCGAGCAUUGCGCCGAUUUCUGGAAACCGAGUUGGUGGAGCCUUUAACCCCCAGUGGUGCCGCACCUAAUCAGGCACAGCUUCGAAUCCUCAAGGAGACUGAAUUGAAACGAGUCAAAAUUCUGGGUUCUGGUGCCUUUGGGACUGUGUACAAAGGAAUCUGGGUCCCAGAGGGAGAGACGGUGAAGAUUCCUGUGGCCAUUAAGAUCCUACGUGAGAGAACAGGUCCCAAGGCUAAUGUAGAAUUUAUGGACGAGGCUCUGAUCAUGGCCAGCAUGGAUCACCCACACCUGGUUCGUCUUUUGGGUGUUUGUCUGAGCCCCACGAUCCAACUGGUCACUCAGCUGAUGCCCCAUGGCUGCCUGCUGGACUACGUUCGUGAACACAAGGAUAACAUCGGGUCCCAGUUGCUUCUGAACUGGUGUGUCCAAAUUGCUAAGGGAAUGAUGUACCUUGAAGAUAGGCGCCUUGUUCAUCGAGAUCUGGCUGCAAGAAACGUACUUGUCAAAUCACCGAAUCACAUUAAGAUCACAGACUUCGGCUUGGCCAGGCUGCUGGAUGUGGAUGAGAAGGAAUAUAAUGCGGAUGGAGGAAAGAUGCCAAUUAAGUGGAUGGCAUUGGAGUGCAUUCACUACAGGAAAUUCACUCAUCAGAGCGACGUCUGGAGUUAUGGUGUCACCAUUUGGGAACUAAUGACAUUUGGCGGUAAGCCUUACGAUGGCAUCCCGGCCCGUGAAAUACCAGACAUUUUGGAAAAAGGGGAACGUCUUUCUCAACCUCCAAUUUGCACGAUUGAUGUCUAUAUGGUCAUGGUGAAAUGUUGGAUGAUCGAUGCAGACAGCAGACCAAAAUUUAAAGAACUGGCAGCAGAAUUUUCCAGAAUGGCACGAGACCCUCAGAGAUACUUAGUAAUUCAGGGUGACGACCGUAUGAAGCUACCCAGUCCAAAUGACAGUAAGUUUUUCCAGAGCCUGUUGGAUGAAGAAGAGCUGGAAGACAUGAUGGAUGCUGAGGAGUACCUUGUCCCUCAGGCCUUCAACAUCCCACCACCUAUAUACAGCUCCAGGCAGAGAAUUGAUUCCAAUCGGAGCCAAACAGGACACAGCCCUCCUCCUGCCUACACUUCCAUGUCAGGAAAUCAGUUUGUUUAUCGCGACGGAAUCUUUAAUCCAGAAGAAGGAUUAUCACUGCAUAACCGGCCCUCGAACUGCAUUGGCUCAGAAUCGCUGGAUGGCCAGAGUGCGGCCUUGUCUCUGGACGUGUUUGACGAUACGUGCUGCAACGGGACUCUGAGGAAACUGGGGCCUCGCUCACGGGAGGACAGCACGACCCAGAGAUACAGUGCCGAUCCAACCGUCUUUCUAUCUGAGCGAAAUCAGAGGGGAGACCUGGAUGAGGAUGGCUACAUGACACCCAUUCAAGACAAAAAGAUGGCAGGUGUUAGUGAACGAGGCUGUGGCACAUUGGAGGAGAGAGUCCAUGCGAGAUCAUCCGCAGUGGAUCCCAAGUCUAAACCAACUCGCACAGAGUAUCUGAACCCGGUGGAGGAGAACCCGUUUGUUACCCUUCGAAAGAACGGUGACAUCCACGCGUUGGACAACCCAGAGUACCACAAUGUCCCAGAGGGGCAGCAGAACACAGAAGAUGAGUACGUGAACGAGCCCCUCUAUCUCAACACUUUUGUCAAUGCGGUUGAGAACCCAGAAUAUCUGCAGGAUAAUAAGAUUGCCAUUUCAGAAAAAGUUGACAAGGCUUUUGACAAUCCUGACUACUGGAACCACAGUUUCCCACCCAAGACUGCCGUACAUAACCCUGAGUACCUGAAGGAUUACAGCACAAAGUUUUUUUACAAGCAGAAUGGACGGAUCAAGCCCAUUGUAGCAGAGAACCCUGAAUAUCUUUCAGAGUUUUCGCUAAAGCCAGGGACUGUACUGCCAUCAUACGGACAGAGGAAUACAGUGGUGUAACCCUGCAGCGGGAAGGGAACUCCAGCUAUCUGGAUUUCCUCAUCAAACCAUAAACUCAUAUCCUCGAUAUGGUCUAGAAUGAGAAUGUUGAAGGUAACAGCACGGACAACGAACAUAACAUGUCUGCACAGAAGGAGUUCUAUUUUAUCAAAAUUGAGCCGUGGUCCUUUUGGUUGGACCAUUCAUAGCCUGGACUGUUGAAAGCAAUAUGGUUACAACCAGCAAAAUGAAGGAUAACUGUGGAAAUACCAAAAAUGUAGCUCUUUGGAUUAACCUUUCAUAUUAACCUUUUAUCAAGGACGGUCCUUUGGAGGACGAUUGCACUCACAGAACAAAAUGCAUUGGCCCUCUUUUUUGGUUGCCACAAAAAUACUACUUUUUGGUGGGGGCGGGGGGUGUCAGAAGGAAAAUAGAUACCUGGAGAACUCAGCAUUUAUAGGAUGAAAUCCUGAUGAUUCCCCCCCCUCCUCCCCCCCGGCAAAGUAAAUCCAAUGAAUUUUAACCCUUUCACCAGCGAACAUCCUAAGAGGUUUGAACAAAAUGUUUCCAAGAAAGUAUUAACCUAUUAACCUGCCUUUAGGUUUUACUGCUGUCUAGAUACAUUGCGUAAGAAGGAGUGCUUGGAGUUAGCAAUUGCAUGGGGCAUUCAGUGAAGGUCACGUGAAAUAGAUGGAGCCUAAUGCCCUCUAGUGCAAUAAGAUUUUUCAACAGUGGAACAAGAUGGGGGAAUGGGUUUAACAUUACAAGUCUACUGGAAUAAUCUUGGGGAAAGGGUUAAAACCUACAUGUCGGAUAAGGUUUGGUGCAGGAGCUAAACCAGGUGCACCAAACGUGUCUGGGUGCUCAGCAAUGAACUUCAUCACAAUGUUGACUUUCAUUAUUGAAAUAGCUUGCUGCUAUUUACUUGAAUGAAAGAAGUUAAGUGAGGUUUGUACUAGAUGAGGUAGAUUCUCAUUUUUAAUCUUGCUAAGUAACUAAUGAAGGCAACUUCAUAUAUGGAUAUGUAGCAGAGAUGUUCUUUUUGUAAAGUUACGUAAUUUAAUACAAAAAUAAUGAAUAACUUUUGAAACAUUAGGAAACAAACAGCAGUUCAUAAUUCUGAAAAAAAUAGAAGCUGUGCAAAUGUUUUAUAGCUGAGAAUUUAAUGGAAGGAUUCAUAUUGUCUUUGACAACCACACAUGAGCACUGCCAAUCAUCUUUGUUACUGAGAUUAAUAUUAUCUAUGUCUAUGGAUAUGCUGCUUUUCCAAUCUUUAGCUAGAUUCAUGCAACUAUAACUGGUACAAAACAACCCUGAAAUGGCACUGGGCAGCUGGCUAUCUUUUGGCAAUUUGUAGAGAUAAGUUCCUCUAAAUGGAAGAUAAGUUCCUGUGGAUUAGUUCCUAUAGAUGUAAUUAAGGAUAUUAAGAGUUGUGGUGAAAAGGCAGGGAAAGAUACUAGGGGUUAUGGAGAACAGGUAUAUGUACUGCAAUCAGAUAAGAAAAGAACUUACAUUUUAUAGUGCUUUUUCAAGUCGUAUCGCACAGUGCUUUACAGUAAUUACUUUUGUAGUGAUUAUUUUUGUAGGCAAAUGCAAGCAGCAAUUUGUGCUAGCAAGGUCCCAUUAACAGCCUUGAGGUGAGUAACCAAUUAUUCUGAAUAGUUAUUGGCCAGGACACAUUGAGGAACUUCCUUUCUCUUUUUGGAAUAGUUUCACGAAAUCCUUAGUGUCAGCAGACAGACAGGAACUCGGUUUAAUAUUUUCAUUUGAAACGGCAUCACUGGCAAUGCAGCACAUCCUCCAGUACUGCACUGCAAUGUCAGCCUCAUCUACGAAGCUCCUCUGUAAGUCUCACCUUGGCUUGAACCCACAAAUAAUACAAUGGAAUGUGACAGCUAAUUACAAUAGGAAUUAGUUGAUUAUUUGCAAGUAAUUUAUUUUCAGGUAAACUUCUUUAAAAAAUGUAGUCCUUUCGUUCUUCGUUUUGCUGUCUAACUUGUGAGGCUGCAUCCAAAUAGUUCCAAACUGCCCAAGGAUUUGGAAAGUAACUUGCACAACAAUAAAUGUUGUGUAAGUGAUCGAACGUGUACUUCUACCAAGCACAAAAAUGCAGUUUCCUGCUCCAUGUGAUGGGACAAUAGCCAGCAGUGCUCCCCAGUGUAAGGAGAUAUAAGAUGGAAAGUAGAGUGAGAUUUAUUGUUAGUAGGAAAUGAAUGAGGAGCCCAGGAGAGAGUUGAAGGCACAGAGAUGGUUUGGAAUAGAAUCUAUUGAUGCUAAAUACAAUGAAUAUUUAAAUGGUUGGAGAUAGUGGUACAAACUAGAGUUUCUUUAUUAAUGGUUACUGUAAUGGAUGCUGCUAUGGAUUCUGCCAUAUAGGGAGCAUUAGACAUCUACCUCUCAUGGGCCAUGUUAGAUAUCCCAUGUUCACUACAGAGAUGAAGGUAAGAGGAUAAGUCUUUUGCAUUCAUGCAGUAGUGAUACUACAGCAACAAUUUCUUGGCUUCUAGGUUAUAGUAUUACAUCAAGUGUAACAGUUUUAGUUCAUUGUACUUGAGUCUUGUUAUUUUUAGAGCCCUAGCAUUCUGUCAGACUUGCGCAGUUUAAAUUAUGUUUCCUGUCAUGGUCUUACAAGUCCAAUGCAGGAUUAUUGUUAGUGGUAUAUGCUGGGAAUAGGUGCUGAACAAUCUGUUGCGCUCUACCAUCGUGCUCCCUGACCAGUGCAGAUGACAUUAUUGCAGGAAGCGUACAACGCAUCAACAUGCUAAACGAUAAGAGUAAUCAAAAACAAUCACAAUCAAUGUAUUUCUUGGUUGCACCAUAGCAGGCAUGUAAUCGGCACAGACGGCAGCGAACGGGGACACCUUUAAAGUGCUGCUGUUGCACACUGGACUCAGAGGCUAUACAAGUCACUGAUAGUAUUAAUGGACCCAUCACAGCUGACGUUCAAGGUUUACAAGAAAGCUUGCAGUUGCUGGUUGAUGACCAGCUUUGGGAAUGGCUGAUUCCACUGGACAGGAGUGAGAAAUCUCAUACAAAUGGACUGAAGGCUCUUUUAAGGUGUUACAAUCCAUCAGCUGCUGGAGAUAAAAUUGCGUUCAGACUUGCAGUGCUUUUCUUUCCUCCAUUCCCACAAUCCGUAGCCUUGCUUUCCUCAGUUUAGUUUCUGAAUGAAGCAUCCUCAGAUCUAACUCGCUUCCAACCUUCAUGAGAAAUCGCCGUGUGUUUUGAGUUUUCUUUUGAGUUUGUAAAAGGAAAAUCAUAAUCUGCAGCUGGUUUUGAUUCAUCUUAGAUGGAAAGCUAUCUAUCACUUUCUUCAACAACACUGCAGGCUCUGAAAUUAAGCUUUAGGGUGACGCAGUUUCAAACAGUAGAGGAUACUGUAGUCUAACCACCUAGCAGAUAGUUAGUAGUUGAUUACAAGCACAGCUUUGUUGCUUGCCUAUCAGGUACUCACCGCAAAAACCUAUCUGAUAGACCAAAUUGCAAGUAUGUUGAAGCCACCUUAAAUAAAACAUUCUCUGCACUUCCAAAAGACAUCAACAUAAAAAUGUAAGUGUGUUUCAGUCUCAUUUCAUUGUCUGAGCUGUCAGAUUUGUCAGUGGCUAAUCUCUGAGCUGCCAGGUUUGUCAGUGGGCAGAGUAGAUUGUAGUAAAUGGAGGGUCUAUCAUCUUGAUUAGAACUAAAUGCGGAUCAUUUCAGAGUGACAAUAGGACGGACGCCUUCAGUUGUCUAUUGCAGGGUCAUGUUUCAGGCAGAGCCUGCGCAUGUCAUUGUCCUGAGUAAUUGAAGACCUCCGAACAUGACCAGUUUGGGACAACUCCCAUUUAUUGAGCAGCCCAUCCUCCAAAUUGUUUAGAACAGGGCACUUGCAUUUGUCUGAUAAAUGGGCUCUAGGAAGUUGACUCAGCAUAGAAGAAGUCAAUAAUGUGGGUUGAAAAGUCGAGGCACACUGCAGUAUUCAGUGCAUAACGCUUUGGGCCUCUUAGCCUAUCCGACUGAGAUAAGCACAUUAGCUGUCUGACUGCUGAAGGAAAGAGUCUUGUUGCAUUGGAAACCCUGCAGUAGAAUUUGCUUAUUACUCUUCACCUGCUAUGUGCAUUUCUUAACAUUGUCUGUAAUUUUACAUUUCUGGGUGUUGAUCCUUAUGUUUCACAAAAAUAUGUUUAUUUGCACAGAAUCAGUGUGCAGUAUUAGUGUUUAGAAGAUUUAAUUCUGUAUAGAGGAAUUCCUGGACCAUUGAUUCUAGGAACCCAAUAAUUUAGCCACUCUUAACUGGAAUACUGUACUGAAAAUUUCACUGAAACUAUCAAGCUAUCAUGUAUGGAUGUCAAACGUCAGGUGAUUUUCUCACAUAGGUUACUCUAAAUAAUGCAGUUUGAAUGGAAAACUCCAAAGAUGAAAUAUAUUUUUGGGAUGACCACAGCAUCACAAAAAAGGUUCUUGUAAACUUGGGUAAUGAAGGUGUUCUCUUUGUGGGAAAAAAAGGCACUACAGAUAUUUAGCUGCACAGGCACUGCAGCUGAAAGGGUCGAUGUAUGAAACUUCUGAGCAGCUGUUGAUAAUGAGUAAUUACUAUGUUAAACGGAAAAUGUGAAUAGUAUUUUUUAUAGACAGUUGAAGAAACGGCUAGAUGCAUUUGUAAAUAAUGGUCACUUGCUUUUAAUUUGUGCAACUGUUUUAUUUGGAGCAUAAUUGUCUUUAGGGUUGUUUUGUAUAUAUGUACUUGGACUGUGGAUUGUUUUUUAAAAAUUCACGGAAAAUAGUAAUGCAGACAUUAUUUGUGAUUAUGUGUUCAGCACUAAUUAAUGUGAUGUGUUUAACUUCUGCAUUUGGCUUUAGCUGUAGGAAACUGUAGCUCAGUGUGUGGUGUACUGUUAAUUAACUUUUGUAAACCAGGCAAGAAAAGCAACUGUAUUAUGCACCAUUGCAAUACCAAUAACUGUACUAACUUUGAAGUUAAAAUUCUCUUUAGCCACUAUUUUAGCAUUUAAGCUCUUUUGUUUAAAAAAAUACAAUGAUCAUUUUCUAUAACUGGUCCUUUUGUGCUCAUUUACAGUGCAUCUCCCCCUCCCUAAGUUCUUAUUUGAGCGCUUGGGUAGAGCUACUUACUGUAAAACUUGCAGCAAAUAUAAUGCAGCAGCUUCCAGCUUAGGCAUCAUCCAUACUGUACAAUUUGAAGACUGUUCUUUGUUUUUGUUACAUGAAUCUGUCAAAAAUAUAUUUUUAAUUUAAUAUAAACAAAGUUAAAUAAAUCGUGAAUCACA